AUGUCGAUGCCCAACUGUAUCACUGAAGCGGCCCUACCACCUUUCAAAGUACUCCUGUCAAGGCAACGAAGGGCUAGGAUUGCUCGCUACGCAUGGCUCAUCUUACGCGUCCUUUGCAUGGCUAACAUCCUUCUACUCAUCAUGCUUAUUGUCCGUGCACUGGAGAAGACGGAUGCUCUCAUAUACUCGCCCGUUCAGGACAUCGUUGAGUAUGAGAUCAAACGGUUCAAUACAGGCUUCAUGGACGAAGAACCCACCGUAUUCCAAGGACCUCCGACCGAUGCAAUGGACGAAGCAUGGAGGGACCUUUAUGAGCGCGGUGUAUCCUACCUCCUUCCAGAGGAAGCAAACCAACUGAAAGAACCGACCAUUCGUGCCCCAGGAUCUAAUGUCUACAUCGGAGGCCUAGAUGUGUUCCACCAGCUUCACUGUUUGGACAUGGUGCGCAUGGCAGCAUAUCCAGAGCGAUACCCAUCUGGGCAUCACCAUACUAUGCACUUGAAGCGCAGCGGGAGCAUGGCACAUCCCAACAUCUCGGAACCAGAACAUCUCCGUCACUGCAUCAACAGCGUCCGACAAUCGCUCAUGUGUUCCUCGGACAUUAGCAUCAACUUAUUCUACAACCCACGCAAAGAAAGGCGACCAUUCCCUCGUUUUGAUCAGCUUCACACAUGCAGGAACUUUGGGAAGCUUCGAGAAUGGGCUUUUGCCCGAACUACGGCCGUCUGGAAAGAUUGA